UUGGGAUAAAUCGAUAUAUGGUCACAGAGAGUAUCUCUCUCUCUCUCUCUCUCUCUCUCUCUCUCAGCUCUAGACCAGAGGAUCCGUCCAUUACAGCUAGCAGCAAAGGUCGAGCUUGCUAGUUUCAAACAAGACGAAGAGAUGAAUCGUCCGGACCGUUUAUCCCGUCAAAUCCAGAUGUCGCUUCAAAACUUAUCAACUAAUCAGUCAACAUGCAGUAUUUUUAAGGUCCCCCGUGGCCAACGCUUUGUGAACGAAAGGGCAUAUGAACCGGAAAUCGUCUCUAUUGGUCCUUAUCACCGUGGAAAAGAUGACUUGAAGAUGAUGGAAGAGUAUAAAAAACACUAUCUACAAAAGUUUCUUCAACGCAGGCCGGAAAAUAGCUUGACAAGUUAUGUUGCGGCCAUGAGAGGUUUGGAAGCACAAGCUCGUCGAUACUAUGACCAGACCGUAAGCCUUGGCGAGGAUGCAUUUGUUGAAAUGUUGCUUCUUGAUGGUUGCUUUAUUGUUGAGCUCAUUUGCAAGCUUGCCACGUCUGGGCUUCAACAAGGAGAUCAAAAUGAUCCCGUUAUUGGAAAUUUAUUGAUUCUCUCUAGAAUAUCAUAUGAUAUUCUGUUACUAGAAAAUCAACUUCCAUUUUGUGUUCUUUUGAAGUUGUCUUCCAUGGCGAUGCCGAACGAAAAGGUCCCUUUCAUUGAUAAGGCAUCAGGUUUCUUCGAAUGGAUGUAUCCAGGCUCGAGGCUCGAGAGAAGCAAUACAAUUUCUUCCCAUGAAUGCAAGCAUCUUCUGGACUUAGUAUAUCAUAAAUGGCUGCUGCCUUCACCUUCUGAGCUGCCCAGUGGGAUUGAAGCAAAGAACACGAAAUUGGAGUUCAUACGCAGUGCCAAAGAGCUGAAAGACGCUGGCAUUAAGUUUGGAAAACAAGAAGGAUCGUUUGGGUUGUUCCUAGGUGUGCGUUUUGAAAAAGACAUGAUAAAAAUCCCAUGUUUGAAAAUUGAUGAUACAACAGAGUCUCUAUUCCGAAAUCUUAUUGCCUAUGAACAAUGCUCACAGCGUCAACAUCUGUACGUCACUGAUUAUAUAAAAUUGAUGGAUUGUCUGAUCAACACUCGAGAGGAUGUGCGGAUACUUCGACACCGCGGAAUUAUUGAAAAUGGAUUAGGUGAUGAUGAAAUGGUUUGCACCUUAUUCAACAAAUUAGGCAUAAAUGUCAUGAUCUCCGAUCGUGGUCGCUUUUAUUAUGCUCAAUUAUUCGAAGGUGUGGAGAAGCACUGCGCUCAGCGGCGCAAUGUGUGGUUGGUGAAACUGAGGCGUAAUCAUUUCAACAGUCCAUGGUCACUGAUUUCCUUUUUAGCUGCUCUCACAUUGCUUCUGCUCACCCUGGUGCAAACUGUAUUCACAGUUAUGUCUUAUUUCAAACCGGACCCGAAAACAGGGAUAAAAUAGGAUGAUCGUGAAACAGAUUCAUCACACAGUUCUGUCUUCUUUCAAAUAAACCAUCUUUUCCAUUUUAGAAAAUCUCCAAUAUCUUGCUGAGGAAAUAUCUGCAUUUGAUAUGGAUCAAUGGUACAUAUCACCCUUUCUGGGAUCUUCGAAGGUUAAAUAAAAUCGUAUUUUGGAGCUUCACUUAUCAGGUUAGACUUUUAAGUUGAUUGGUUCUUGAAUAGGAUGGUGUAUGAUUCUUCAUAAACUUAAGAUAUUGCAUGUAUUUAACCUCUUAUUUGGCUUGUAAUAUUUCUUAGUUUCCACUGCCCAGCUAGGUUAUGGAUCUAUAAUCUAUUGCAGAAUAAGAUUUUUGUUUAUUAUUA